AUGUCAAGCUUGGCUGAACAAAGUUUCAAAAUAAAUUUUCGUAUAUUAAAAGUUACAGCUCUUUACCCACCCACAAAAAACAAACAACUUAACCAAGUGCUUGCUUAUGUCAUGUAUCUGCUAUUCGUAGUUCCUGUACCCAUCUUACAAGUUCUCAAUCUUCUUCUCCAAGAGAAGAUAACUUUUAUGCAAAUCAUUGACAAUGCUUUCAUGAUAGCAGAAUUGGGUUGUCUCAUACCGAAAUUUUGGCCUUUUGUACACAACAAUGACUGUCUUGUAAAAUGCAUUCAUUAUUUUGAUUCACCGGUAUUUGAAGUAAGAAAAAAUAGGCACAAGGAACUUCUCCAAAAUUGCAUCAAGGUAUGUCGAGCCAUUACCAUCUUCUUUGUAGUUGCAGUUAGUUCAGGAUUUACUUCUUGGUCAAGUAGACCGAUUUCUUGGGAAAAUCACAUUUUUCCCACCGAUUUGUGGCUACCAUACGAUCCAAAAGUAGCCCCGAAACUAUACAACUUUUUAGUUUACGCUUAUAUUGUAGUCGCUGUUGGUUAUAGUGCCUAUAAUAAUGCCACAAUAGACCCUUUAAUUAGCGGUCUUUCUUAUCAAGCUACAACUCAAAUAAAAAUAUUAAAAGACAAUUUGCAACAUUUGGGUGAAGACACUGAAGACGAAUACAACAACCAGUCUGUUAUUAAUCGUUUACCAAAAUCUGAAAUUAUGUACGCAAAAAUUGUUAAAUGUGUUAAACACCACAAUCUCAUUUUGGAUUUUGUUAAAGAAUACCAAUACUGUUUCGCACAGUGUGCUUUUAGCCAAAUUGCAGGAAGUGUUGUUGUUCUUUGUGUUUCUUGUUUGCAGUUGACUAUAGUGGAUAUAUUAAGUUUUGAUUGUCUUGCAAUGAUACUGUUUCUUAUUUCAAUGCUUAGUGAAGUUUACUUUUUCUGUCAUUUUGGAACACUUCUCUACGAAGAAAGUAAUACUAUAUCUGAUGCAAUUUAUAUGGGAAGUUGGUAUGACUACGACAAAAAAUCAAAACAAGCGUUAACAAUUUUAAUGGAACGGGCGAAACGACCAGUAAUUGUUAUUUCUGGAAAACUCGUGGAAUUGUCUUUAAUAACGUUUAGCAUGAUUCUGAGGCGAUCCUAUUCAUUAUUGGCAGUUUUAGAAAAUUACAAUAUCGAAUUGAAUUAAUUAAUUAGUUUCCUUGAGAAAAGAAAUAUGUAUGGCAAUUUUAAUUUAUAUACACAAGGAUUAU